AGUCUCCUGGCUGUGCGAGGCAGUCGGCUUGUCACAGGCGGCGCGCUGACUGAUCUCGCUCACAGGGGCUUCUGUGUAAACUGAGGCUAAACAAACACAGAUGGAGCGCAGCGUGCACUCCCCAGCAAUGCGGCCGGGACUUCAGCUGACACUCUGACUGCUGCAGGGGAGAGCCCACCGCCGCCCUGCCUGUGCCGCGCCGCGUGCUCACCCAGCUGCAGGCGGGGAGGGGGGAGGCAGAGACCUGAGAGAGGCAGGCAGGCAGGCAGGCAGGCACUCACUGACAGGCUCCCAACAUGAGAAACAUGCAGCUCCUGGACGAGGAGCCGUGGCAAAGCCUGUGCGUGAAGGAGCUCGGCGGCCUGAAGAAGCUGAAGCGGAAGCACAAAGAGCCGCCAGCGAACGGCUACAAAAGUUUCAAAGUGGCGCUGAAAGUCGGCGGCGGGCGGCAGCCGGAGAGCCCCGAGAGCGGGGCGGGCAGCUCCCAGGGGGGCCCGCAGCUCCUGCAAGGCAGGGAGGCGGGCAGCGCCGCCGGGGCGCUGGACAUGCGGAAAGGCGCCUUCCCGGCGGCAGGACUCGCCGCCCAGCCCCCCGCCGCUGUGAACGGGCUCCCGCCGUGCCCGGGGGAGCAGCGCCUGCUGUCCAGGCUCGUCCUGUGUCCGCCGCCGCCGCAGCGCCCGUUGGGAAGCGCCUACGCCUCGGCGGCGCAUGGAGCUUACAGCAGCGCGCCCGGUCCCGCCGCAUCGCCUAGGAAACGGCUGGGGGAAGCGGCCGGCGUCGCCUCGGAGAUCAAAGCCAUCCAGCAGACCCGGCGGCUGCUGGCGAACGCCCGGGAGAGAACCCGCGUGCACACCAUCAGCGCCGCCUUCGAGGCGCUGAGAAAACAGGUUCCCUGCUAUUCUUAUGGUCAAAAGUUGUCCAAACUGGCCAUUUUGAGAAUAGCCUGUAACUAUAUCCUUUCCCUGGCCAGACUAGCUGACAUGGAUUACAGCGCUGACCACAGUAACAUGAGCUUCUCAGAAUGCGUGGAGCAGUGCACUAGGACCUUGCAGGCAGAAGGGAGAUCUAAAAAAAGGAAGGAGUAAUAACCAGGAGGGAGGAUUCAGAAGACUUUCCAAUCAGAGUUCCAUCCAUUCUUGGCAAAGGUUGCAUGAUCCAGAUGAAGACUGCAGCUUUUUGCAAAGACCCCUUUUCAAGACGACAGUUGGCAGUGGGACUUUCUCAAUCUCUGAAAAAGAAAAUGGAGAUGCCUUUUUUUUUUUAAGCCAGCCACCUUUUAGUAUGUGCAAUUUAUUUAGCACUUUUCCCUUUGCUUAACUGGGAAAUGUUAUGCUCUCGGCUCAUAUUGUACAGUCAUUUUAUUGUUGUUGUAGCUGUUGUGCCAAAGACUCGAUGGAGCUUCUACACUGUGUCUAGUUUUGCCUUAAAUGUUAAAUCCUUGAGCCAAAGAAAACUCAGAAAUUCCAUUUAGGUAAUGUUGAGUGGGCCAGUUCAAUCAGUGACAAAUCUGAAUUUCUGAAUCCUUCUCUAAAAGUUUCCUCUUUUCUUUCUCCUGUUCAUAUCUAUCUACUUGCAGCCCUGGAACCAGCAUUCACAGCCGGAAAAAGCCAGGACACACCAACACUUGCUCCAGAGUUGAUCUCUCUUUCUUUCAGCGAUUUCAUUGUUCUACUUCUUUGGCAAUUACCUGGUUUUCUUCCUGCUGGGAAACGUGCAUAGGGUAGAAAUAGUGACACAAAGUGAGAGCUGAAACCAGAUCUAUGCUUUUUAAAUAUAAAUAUAUCAAUAAAUAAAAAGUGCCACGUAAAGCAAUAAAAAAAAAUCAAUAAGACAGUUCAGAUAGGCAGCAUGGUGUUUAGCAAAACAAUUCAGUAGUUGUUUCCUUCAGUUUUGAGAAGUCAUUUUUGGCUGGUUUUUUUUUAAGUAGUUAAAAACCCAUGUAAUGCAAAGGCAUUUGAAUCCUAUACUGUAUUUUUCGCUUCAAAUUGAAGUAAAAAAGUUAAGAACCAUUUGCUUGGAGUAAGCAAACUUUAUAGGUAAUGCAGUUCAUAUGCAAGACAUCUGCUAGUGGUGGAGGACAGAAUUCAGUGUCAGAGUAAAAGAAUAUGGGUUUGUAAAGAAAGGAGAUUAACCUGUUUCAUUUUCACUUAAGGAUAAAGGUUAUACCUCAGGGGACAGAUUCAGAUCUCAGUUACACUAGUGUAAAUCAGGUUUACUUACGCUUGAUUUACUCCAGUGUAAAAGAUCUUAAUCUGGCCCUGUGUGUAUAUGUCUGGAGUUGCAUGGGGGAGGGGAGUCUCUUCAUUAUAUGAACAUGUAACUCUUAGCAACCUCAGCAGGAAUUAAGCAUGUGUGCAGAGGGGAGAUCAGACUGUGUGCUACUAAACCAUUGACCUGAUAUCAAUACAAAAUCCUGAACUCA